AUGGCCUCUCCCGUGCCACCAUUUCCACAAGCGAUGACGGCGCCGGCAGGUUUCGCUGGUUCAGCCGGCGGGCCGGUAGACCACUACCCGCAGCCGUUAGCGACGCACGAGGCGAUUCUGGGGGAUCGAGUGCUGUUCCUUGACUUGCUCGCGCGGUUUCACAACCAAAUGGGAGGGUCGUUGAGGAUCCCGCAAAUGGGAGGGAGGGAGCUGGACCUGCACCUGCUGUACCGUGAAGUCACAGGCCGAGGGGGCUUGAUGCAGGUGAUAGCGGAUCGCAAGUGGAGGGACGUGACGAUCCCGUUCGACUUCCCGCCCACCACCACCAGUGCUUCAUACGUCCUCCGAAAGUUCUACAUCAACCUACUGCACCACUUCGAGCAGACAUACUUCUUCAAUCGCCAAGGGCCACUGGUGCCCCCUCCUCCUCUCACCCACUUCCCUCGCAAGCGCGGGGCACGCAGGAUGCAAGGCUUUGAAGCGCCUCCCCCGCCCCAGCUGGCGAACAUAGGGCGCAACAUCUCAGGCAUCAUCCGCUCCAAGUGUGACAACGGCUACUUCAUCACCGUGCCCAUGGGCGACCAGGUGCUGCACGGUAUUCUCUACCAUCCGCCCUCCACCGCCUCCUCCUCCCCGUUCGCCCCGCCCCAGCCCGUCUCCUUCCUCCUCAACGCCUUCUCCCUCGACUCAGCCCUCAUCCGCUCCCAAACCCACGGCCGGCGGCGGCGGCGGAAGAGGCGGAGACGGGCCGAACUCCUAGCCGCAGCAGCGGGGGGAGUGCCGGGGGUGGUGGUGCCACCGAAGCAGAACCGCACGGGGUACAACUUCUUCUUUGGGGAGCAGCGGAUGAAGCUCAAGGCUGACAUGCCUGACCGGAUGAAGCUCAAGGCUGACAUGCCUGACGUACCGGAUCGUGAGAUCAGCCGCCUGAUCGGCCAGCGGUGGAUGGCCCUUUCUCCUCAAGACCGCAUUGUGAGCGCUGCUCUCUUCUAUUCCCCCUGUUUCUCAAUCUCUCCCUCUCUCAUCGGCAAACGAUGGGUGGCUCUCUCCUCUCAAGACAGGAUCCCGUACCAGGAGCAAGCGGAGCGGGACAGGAAGCAGCAUGUGGCAGAAAUGAUGGAAUACAAUGAGGAGAUGUAUUCGGCACCACCCUUACCCCACGUGUAG